UCAGACUCCGAGCAAUGAAACACCUAAAACUUUGAACCGCCAGGGAUUAGGAAAUUAUGUAUUUACGUCGUACAAACAACUAAAACGAACAAGGCAUAAGAAAUUACACGAUUUCAUAGCUAUCAGAUUUUUUUGUUUUGCCUCAUGAGCGAAACCGAAAGUAACCUUGAUGUUUUCCCAGUGUGAUAAAUCAGAGCUCGGCGGGAUGUGUUUAGUGCUCGGUGUUUGUGGCGACUCCUCGUGUUAAUUAGUCACCAAACGCGUGACUUUCACGCAAGUAAGAAGAAGGGAUUGUGUGCGGAGGUUUGUUUUUUCUCUCAUUAGACUGGAAAAGAAGGACAGCAUGGUGUGUUCUUCAGUCAUCAGGUAUUUCUUCGGCUACUCCACUCCGAAAAUCUUAGUCAUCCAGAGUAAGAAAGUGGGCGCUAUUAACCGCCUGGGCCAGGCUCUGGUUAUUGCAUAUAUUGUAGGAUAUGUGUGUGUUCUGAAGAAAGGCUACCAGGACACUGACUCCAUUGUCAGCUCAGUCACUACCAAGGUGAAAGGUCUAGCACUGACUAACACAACGGACUUGGGUGUGCGGGUUUGGGACGUGGCCGACUACGUUGUGCCCCCUCAGGAGGAGAAUUCGUUCUUUGUGAUGACGAACCUGAACAUCACACCCAACCAAACACAGUCACGAUGUGCUGAGAAUCCUGGACCUGAAACAUCAUGCGUCUCUGAUCGAGAUUGUAAGAGAGGAUUUCAUGACAGUCGACGAAACGGUGUACAGACAGGCAAGUGCGUGAACUUUUCAGAGUCAGAGAUGACGUGUGAGGUGUUCGCCUGGUGUCCUCUGGAGAAAAACAACAAUCCUCCAAAACCUCCAAUGCUAGCAGAAGCAGAAAACUUCACUGUCCUCAUAAAGAACAGCAUUCGAUACCCCAAAUUCAAUUUCAACAAACGAAACAUACUGCCCCAUGUAAACAGCACCUACUUGUCACAGUGUGUGUUUAACCGUAAAACGGAUCCAGACUGUCCAAUUUUUAGACUCGGAGACAUCGUAUCUGAAGCCAGUGAAGAUUUCCAGACCAUGGCAGUUCAGGGGGGAGUGAUAGGAGUGCAGAUUCGCUGGGACUGUGAUCUGGACUUGUCUGAUAAUUCGUGUGUCCCUCACUACACAUUCCGCAGAUUAGAUAAUAAGGAUCCUGACAACAUUGCCUUAGGAUACAACUUCAGGUUUGCAAAAUAUUACAAAAAUACAGAGGACCAGGAGAUCAGGACGUUAAUCAAAGGCUACGGCAUUCGCUUUGACGUUAUGGUCCUUGGAAAUGCAGGGAAAUUCAAUAUUAUCCCAACAUUGCUCAACAUUGGGGCUGGGUUGGCACUCCUUGGCCUGGUGAAUGUGGUGUGUGACUGGAUUUCUCUGACUUGCAUGCAAAAAAGUCACUAUUACAGAGAACAGAAGUUUACUUAUGUCGAUGACUAUGAGAGUUUGUCCAGUGACGUUCCAUAGAAGCAAUGAUUUCAUGACCUGAAGAUUUGCUGGGUGCCCACUGACACAUGUUUAAUAUUAGUAUUUUUAUUACACCUGCUGAAUGUUUUUUACUUUCAUGGAUCAAUUAAAUUAAAUGUAAACAACUCACUUGCUUAACUGUCAAAUUUUUAAAUAAUGAUCAAUUGUAUAAAUCUUCUAACAUGCAGUUUGUUUAUUUUUUAAAUUCAGUCUCGAAAUGUUAAAGAUGACAUUUGCAAUGUUUAAAAGUUUUUCCUUUUGUAUUGUAAUGAGCAUUGUAA